UUUUUCGAAUUGGUUGUCACGGACGCGGUAACAGGUUCGAAGUUUUCACAAAUAAAGAGUGUUUUCUCCUCAAUUCAAAAUUGAUGUCAAACAACGAAAACAUAUCUCGAAUAGAUCUAGAAAACUUUGAAGAUCCCCAGUUUACAGACUCUAAGUAUGUCCUAACCAGUCCGAGAUCACUAGAAGCUUGUUCACGUUUAAAGAUACUCCCUGUGGAUCUUUUGCACAAAAGCAGAGCUGAGUUCCUUGAACGUUUUAAAAAACUUCCACCAAGCAAAAUUGAGGAAUUGUACAUAAGAAGUGAAGAAAAGAGAAGAGAUAAGCUUGUGAAGGCUAGAAUAGAAAGGUGGAAGUUAGUACAUGCUGACUGUCCAAAUGAUCGUGGCGAAACUCAUAUUAUGGGUGAUGAAAAUGGAAUUUCACACAGUGGAAGAAAUUCAACUUCUCAUUCAUCUCCUAGAACUUUUCAAAAUUUGGUCAACCUUGAACCAAGUUUAUCUAAAAAGUAUUCAUAUCUAAUUGAGAAACUACAACCUACGGAAAUUAAACAAAUCGAAUUAAUGCGAAGAAAAUAUCAGCAGAAUAAAAUUGAUUGCCUAUCAUCAAGUGGCUCAUUAUCAAGAAGUCUACAAAACUUGGUUCUUGUUGGUCAGGCAUCUAGACCACAAUCGGCUAUUUGCCGAAAAUCUCAACAUGAUAAAAUGAGCUCCAAUUAUUUGAAAAGUACGGAGCAGCGUUUAACACGUAGGGCAUCACAUUCGUCACUUGAUAAAGAAAGACAGUUUUGGAAACGGAAACAAACUCAAGAACGAAUGCAAAAUGAUGAAAGAGAACGUGCACAAAAAUGUUAUGAAGAGAAGCUAAACAAAGUUGAAAAACACAGAAAUCAAAUUUUGAAAGAAAAAGAAAGAAAUAUGAUUACGGCCCAUUAUGAACGUGCAAGAAAAGUUCGUCAAGUUCUAGAAAGAAGAAAACAAUUAAGGAAAAUGAUUGAAGAAUAUAGAAAAGAACUGUACGAAGCUCGAGAACAAUCUAUACAAAGAGCUAUGGAACAUGUAUCCUGUAGAUUAUCAGAAGAACAGAAAAGAUUAGCUUCAGAACGAAGACAAAAACAAAUGCAAGUUGAAGAAAAUACAAAAGAAAUACAACGCAGAGAACAAGAAGUACGAAAGGCAGCUGAAUUAGCUUUACGACAGAAAGAUGAACACAUACGUCGACUAACUGAAGAAAAAGAAGCUAGGAUUCAGCAAUCAAGAAAUUUGGCGUUAGCAGCUGAAUGUCUACGUGAAGAAAUGUUACGUGUUUAUAAUCUGGAUAGUUUUGAUAAAAAAGUUCAAAAAGUCACAUUGAUCAAUGAAAUGGGAUUAAAUGGAAAACAAUAAUGAUAUCAUUGUUUUUUUUUCUGAUUGAUAACACACAAACAUAUUACGUAUUUCAAUUUUACAAUAGGAUUAAUGUACAACAAUUUUACUUUUAUUUAAUAUACCUACCUAUGUGUAUACAACUGUCUAUACGUAAACUUAUACACUGUGUUCAAAUGUUCUGUUUUUUUCUUCAAUGUAUUUACACUGUUUUCAUUUUCAGUUUGUCACAAUCCUGGUGAUAUCAGCAAAUAUUCGUAAAUGUUGAUUGCAACAAUAAUUCUGAGAAACACUAUUAACCUAAUAAUAAUUUUAUCUAUUUCAAUAAACUUAAUACUUCUGUUUUAUCAAUACAAUAGUUUUUUCUUAUUA